AUGGCUAUGAAAUUGAAUUUGAGUACUGAUUUCAUUGAAAGCUUCAGGGGAAAGAUUGUUCAGUAUGCCACUGAUCCUGAGAGAGUGCCUAAACUCCUUUUUCUGGUUGAUUUGGCUGAUGCAGAUGAAAUGAAAGUGGUUGCAAAGGAAUGUGUUCAAGGAAUCAAGGUUUUGAUGAAUCAUCCCAUUGGUGUUAGGAUCCUGAAAAGAGUCUCUUUGCAUAUGAAGAUGGAGAAUGCUGAAUUUCUGGAGAAAUUGGUGGAGAACAUCUCAAACCUUCUUCUGAAGAAGCUUGGUGAAAUAGCUCCCCCACAACUCCUCUGCUCAUUCAUCUCCCAAAUGGAGAUUGAAACACUAAUGGAGUUUGCUUGCAACAAAUGCAAGUACACUAAUUGUGCAAUGAACGUAAAUUAA